AUGGCGGCUUCACCGUCAUGGCACCUCCUCCCAACCGACUUAAUCGAACAUCAAAUCGGUCAGAUUGACCUCUUAACAGCCAUGUACCCCACCGAAGAAGAAGUCACAAUCGAAAAGGAAUCAGAACAUACUCUCACGCUCCUCAAAACCCACCUUGAAGACCCGUCAUCAUCACCACCGUCUUUCACCAGACCCCCGCAGAUCACUGUUCUGCUCACCCUCACCAUCGCCGAACAAGAAGAUUCAUCAAGUCCGAAGACGUUGCAGCUAGACAUCAAUGUGCCAUUUUCUCAUGAUGCAGAAAAUACACCAGAGGAGGCGCCGCAGAUCAAAGUUCGCAUAUGUCAGCCAGCAUGGCUGAGCCGGGCGGCGACGGCGCAGCUUAACGCAAAGAUCCCGGAGGGCGAGGAGGAUCUGUUCAGUACGAUCGAGGUCGUCAAGGACUCGGCAGCGGAGUAUCUUGAACAAGCAAAACUCGCAGAAGCCGAGUCCCUCAACCCUGGCGGCGGAAACGGCGGCGGUGACGGAGAGCCCCUCGUCCGGGUGUGGUUCUACUUCCCCUCCAUCUCGACCCGGUCCAAGCGCGACGACUUCAUCAUCAACGCGCCGGGCUACAACCUCACCGGCUUCCUCUACGCCGGGAAACCCGGCUUGUUGUGCCUUGAGGGCGGGUCGCAAAAGAUUGACGACUACAUGAAGUUCAUCAAGACGGAGAGCUGGGGCGACAUCCCCGCGCAUCACAAAAAGGUUAGCGAGAGGCAUCGCGAAAAGAACAUCGCGACGCGGGUGUUUUCGGACAUGCAGGAGAUCACGGACUCCGUGGGCGAGAGGCGAGGCCAAAGGGCGAAUCGGGGCGAUAUGAAAGCCGUAGAGGGGUGGUUGGUGGAGCGCGGGCUAGGGGAUGCCUUUGCCAAGGUAUUGAUGUAG